AUUUCACUCAGGCAUAUGAUUAGUCUCCCGUCAAAGCCCGAGUAGAGGUCCUUCAAGCACAGCACCAGCGGCGCGCAAUUGCUGUAGUCUUUCAUCUAAACUGCUUAUAUGUGUAGUGUACACGUUUGUUGAAACCCAGGGAUUUUUGAAGUGGGAUACGUCUUUCCAUUGGGAUGGGGGAGGUUGAUGUCGAUCCGAUAAUUACGCUCAUCCCCGGCAUCGAUUCCGGUGAGAGACACCUGGGGUUCGCCUGGGGACCGGGAGACCUUCUCACCUAUGAGACACAGUACAAAUCACAAGGAGCUGGAAGUGUCGUUCAAGCCGGUCCAUUUGUCCACGUGGUUCGAAAAGAUGAAGACAUAUACUCUCCGAUCCUACGUAAACUUUUUAAUGAAUCCCAUUACAUCUUCGUGGGGCUACAGAGGAUCAAGGAAGAGGUCCCCAGUAAAAACAAGAAACCUCAGUUUAUCAGUAUAAGCAAGAACUAUAGAUCGGUGAUCAGAGCGUGCAUGGAGGAGCUGCAGCAAGCUGCAGUGUCCACCCAUGACACAACGUUGGCAACACAGUAUGGAAAUCAGGUAUCAAUCCUACUGGCCGUGGAGCUGAUCUGGAACCUAUGUGAGGUGCUGUUCAUCGAGGCAGCUCCAGCCGGAGCCUUGCUGCGCCACCUCCUGGACUGGGUGCGGCUACACAAGGCCGACGUGGACGAGAAGGCUCAGGAGGUGCUGCAGAGCGAGAGCCCAGUGCAGCAUCAGGCCUACUGGGACGUGGUGGUGUGUUACGUGCUCCAGGGCCGGAUGGAGGAGGCGGCACAGAUGCUGAUGAAGCAGGCCUCCCAGCAGCCUGCAGCCAGGGCUGUGUUCAAGCUGAUGGACAGCCUCCUCACGAAGAUGCCCGUCUACAGCCCUGGCGGGACGCAGACGCAGACGGAGUUUGAUGUCAGGUGGCGGCAGUGGCACCAGGAGUGUAACCGAUGUUUGGAAGAUGGAUCCUUUGCCAGCAACCCACAGCUGGAGCUUAUCUGCAAGAUCUUGGUUGGGGAUGAGGAUACUCUCCUGGCCCAGAGGGACCGCCUCAGCACAUGGUACCAUUUCCUGGUGACACGUCUGCUAUACUGCCAUCCCAUCGUGAAGCCUACAGAGCUGCAUUAUUAUGCACAGGCGAGCAUGGACAUGUUCCUGGACGCCCGGAGCGGCCCAGAGCCCCUGGACAGCAUUCUGCUCGCCGCCUUUGAGUUCGACAUUCACCAGGUCAUCAAGGACUGCAGCAUUGCCCUGAAUAACUGGUGGUUCGUGGCUCACCUUACUGACCUUCUGGAUCACUGCAAGCUGCUGCAGUCUCACAACCUCCACUUCGGCUCGAAUCUGAGGGAGUUCCUCCUGCUGGAAUACGCAUCUGGCCUCUUCACCCAUCACAGCCUGUGGCAGCUGGCAGUGGACUACUUCGACCACUGCCCCGAGUUUGGCAGGGUCUAUCUGGAGCUUCAGAUAGAGCGGGUGCCCCUGGACACUGAGCACAAGGCUGUGAAAGUGCUGCGCAUCUGCGAGCAGAGGCAGAUGGCUGAGCAAGUGCGCAGCAUCUGCAAGAUCAUGGCCAAGAAGGCGCUGAGGAACAGCCGGCUGGGCUCGGCCCUCUCGUGGAGCAUCCGGGCCAAAGACGCUGCCUUCGCCACGCUCAUCUCCGAGAGGUUCUUGCAGGAGUACUGCAGCCACGGCACCUUCUCUGACCUGGACCUGAUAGACAAUCUGGGCUCAGCCAUGCUGCUGAGCGACCGGCUCACCUUCCUGGGGAAGUACCGCGAAUUCCACAAGCUGUACGGCGAGAAGCGCUUCGCCGAAGCUGCCCGGCUCCUCUUAUCCCUCAUGACGGCCAAGAUCGCCCCCCGCAGCUUCUGGAUGACCCUGUUGACAGACGCACUGCCCCUGCUAGAGCAGAAACAGGUUAUAUUUUCGGCGGAGCAGACCUAUGAGUUGAUGCGUUGCUUGGAGGAGCUCACGGCGGACAAGGCAGCACAGGGUGCUGAUAGCCCCCUGCAGGAGGACGACAUUGAAGCCACCAAGGUCGAGCUGCUGCGACUGGCACUUGCCCGGAACUUAGCGCUGGCUAUCGUGAAGGAGGGCACCAUCGAAGUCUAGGCAUACAGCCUCACAUGUACAUAAAUAGACCCUUGGCUUUUCCAUAAUAAACAUUUGCUAUUA